AUGGACUCAACGGAGGUUAAGAAUAAUCCCAAUCCCCGUGAAAAAGCAAAUUUUUUUUCAAUUUUAUUUUUUGGAUUUACCAUCCCGACCUUCAGGAAAGGUAUUAAGAAAGAAUUAGAUGUAGAUGAUGUAUACAACACACUUUUAAGUGACAGAAGUGAUUUAUUAUGUGGAAGGCUAGAAAGAAACUGGAAUUUAGAAAUAGAAAAGGCAAAAAACAGUGUAAAAAAGAAACCAAGUCUAUUGAAAGCAAUAGUGAAGACAUUUUGGGUAGAAUAUGCUUUACUGGGUCUUCUAAACGGUAUAGGAGAUUUAGUAAUAAGAACAAACCAACCAACUAUGUUAGGAGGUAUCCUAGACUACUAUACUCCUGGAUCAACUAGAACGAAAUUUGAGGCAUACAUGUAUGGAGUUGGAUUGGUUGCAUUCACUUUAACGAACUCUUUAAUUAUGAAUCAAUACAUAACGAAUGCUGCUCAUGCUGGGAUGAAAGUUAGAGCCUCAGUUUGUGCUUUAAUAUACAGAAAGGCGACAAGAUUAAGUCGAAAUGCAUUAGGUGACACACCCGCUGGAAAAGUAGUGAACUUGCUAUCGAAUGACGUUGCAAGAUUCGAUUUCGCAUCUAUGUUGAUCCAUCAAAUGUGGAUUGGACCACUUUCUGGAAUGAUUAUUAUGUUUUUGUUGUAUCAAAGAUCGGGGUUACCAGGAGUGGCUGGAAUAUUUGUUGUGAUAUUUAUAACUCCUUUGCAAGUUUACUCAGGAAAAAUGUCGGCAGUAUUCAGGAAAAAAAUCGCCUUAAAAACUGACGAGAGAAUAAGACUUAUGGACGAAAUCAUUCUUGGAAUACAAGUUAUCAAAAUGUACGCUUGGGAGGUACCAUUCCAAAAACUUAUCGGGCUGGCUAGAAAAGCAGAGAUAAGAAUUAUAAGACAGGCUGCUUAUGUAAGAGCUUUGUUUAUGAGUUUGGGUAUGGUCACCACUAGAAUAGCUAUGUUGGCUACUCUCGUAUCAAUUGUAUUAUCAGGAGAGGAAAUUAAUUCUGCUAAAGUUUUCGUUCUAAUGUCAUAUUUCCAUCUCUUAUCUAUGGCCAUAACUGGUAUCUUUACCAGAGGCAUCACAGAAAUUGCUGAGCUUUUCACGUCUAUCAAGAGGUUGCAAGACUUCUUAAUAAAGGAUGAAUACGACUAUAAACAGAUCGAGAAUAUCAUUACUAAAGAAGAAAUAGAUUCUAAAGCUAUAUUAACGGUAAAGGAUUUGACUGUCAAAUGGAAUGCCAACUUAUCUGAAGCCGUUCUGAGAGAUAUUACUAUGGAGGUCAAUAGAGGAAAGUUGAUAGGUGUUAUUGGACCAGUUGGUUGUGGAAAAAGUUCUCUUCUUCAAACUUUCUUAGGUGAACUAGAUAUCACUGCUGGUACAAUAAAAGCAAAUGGCAGUUACUCCUAUGCUUCUCAAGAACCUUGGAUUUUUGCAGCAACUGUCCGCCAAAACAUCCUUUUUGGUGCCGAGUAUGAGAAAAAACGAUACCGAGAAGUAUUAAGAGUAUGUGCCCUGGAACAAGAUUUGGACCAAUUCGAGAAUAGAGAUCUAACAAUCGUCGGAGACAAAGGUGCUUCCCUUAGCGGUGGGCAAAAAGCUAGAAUCAAUUUGGCAAGAGCUGUUUACAGAGACAAAGAUAUUUAUCUACUCGAUGACCCGUUAUCUGCGGUUGAUAUUCACGUAUCGAGGGUGCUUUACGAAGAAUGCAUCAAUGGAUUUUUAGCUAAUAAAACUAGAAUUCUGGUAACGCAUCAAGUGCAUUAUUUGAAAAAUGCUGACCAUAUCAUUAUAUUAAAUAACGGUCGCAUUGAAAAUGAAGGAACUUUUAACGAAUUAGCAAGCAGUGAAAAUUUGUAUGCCAAAUUAUUGACUUCAGAACCAGAAAUAAACGAAGAAGAAAAACAAAAGCAAAUCGAACAUAUCAAAUAUUCCAGACAGAUUUCAAAGAGGAGUAGAAAAUCAUCAAACCUCAGCAUAAUGAGCACCAAGAGUAUUGUUGAAAGUAUAGUAGAAGGCGACGAUGAAGAUUCUGGGGAGGAUGAAGAAUACGAGAGAAAGAAACCAAAAAUGAUUGAUAUGCAAGAAGAUUCUUCAAAAGGCAAAGUAUUGGGUUCUCUUCUUCUGCAGUAUUUCCGCAGCGGUGCCAACUGUUUCAAUGUAACCCUUAUCUUGAUGCUCUAUUUAUGCGUAACAAUAGCAGGAAGUUCAGUUGACUACUUUAUCAGUUUCUGGACAACUAUAGAAGAACUCAGAAUAGCAAAUACAUUAGGAUCACAAACUGAAUCGAUAGUUGCACGUUCAUUUGCAGCUGCAGUUUCUGAAAACCAAACAGAAACAUUCACUUCUACUCUUAGUAACAUUGUCAACACUAAUAGUAACAUAUUUAACUCUACUGAGCAUACCUUUUACUCUACUGUAACUGAUGUUUUUAAUCCUAGAGCAGUAAAUAGAGCUUUAAUAAACAAUUAUCCAGAUUGGUCCACCGAAACAUGCCUCAUUAUCUAUGGUUGUUUGGUUUGUCUUGUAUUCAUACUAAUCAUGACAAGAUCAUUUUCAUUUUAUUCUUUGACAAUGUCCUGUUCAAGAAGAUUGCAUAAAUCUCUCUUUCAAGGCAUAAUUUGCGCCAAAAUGAGAUUCUUUGAUACCAAUCCAAGUGGUAGAGUAUUAAACAGAUUUGCCAAGGAUAUUGGUACUAUUGAUGAUGCCAUUCCCAGAGUUCUUCUCGAUGGGGGUCAAAUGAUGUUACAAAUGUUUGGUUCCUUGGUCCUAGUGGGGAUAGCCAAUCCUUACGCCAUUAUUCUGGCUGUUGGACUAGCUGUUAUGACAGGAGUACUAAGAAAUAUAUAUUUGAAGACGUCCAAAAAUCUUAAAAGAAUUGAAGGAACGUUAAGAAGUCCAAUAUUUACACAUUUAAGUGCUACAUUGCAAGGUUUAACAACAAUACGAGCGCUAAGAAGUGAACAAAUAUUGCAAUCUGAAUUUGACAAGAUCCAAAAUUACCACAUCAGCGCUUGGUAUAUGAACAUUACAAGUAGUUCUGCAUUUGGAUUUAGUUUGGACAUAUUUUCAGUCAUUUUUAUUACAUUACUUAUUUUCAGUAUACUAACUUUCGAUGAGGCUAUGGGUCUAACUGGAGGUACUAUAGGUCUAGCUAUCUCUCAGGCCAACACUUUAACUGGUAUGAUACAGAUGACGAUGAGAGUUACAGCCGAUAUAUCUAACCAAUUAAUGUCAGUUGAGAGAGUCCUCGAAUACAAGCAACUUCCUCCAGAGCCACAACCAGUUCUUCCAAAAGUUCUUCCUAAAUCUUGGCCAAAUUCUGGCAAAAUAGAUUUCUCAAAUACUAAAUUUAAGUAUUUUGAAGGUGGACCUCUAAUCAUCAAGGAUCUGACUUUGCAAAUCAAACCAAAAGAAAAGGUUGGAAUAGUAGGAAGAACAGGUGCAGGAAAAUCUUCAUUAAUCGCAGCCCUCUUCAGACUAGCCAACGUAGAAGGAACAAUUGCAAUUGACGAUAUAGAAACCAAGGACAUAACUCUAAAAGAUCUCCGAUCGAAGAUUUCUAUCAUUCCACAAGAUCCUGUUUUAUUCUCAGGUACCUUACGUUAUAAUUUAGAUCCCUUUGACGAAUAUUCAGACGAGAAGUUAUAUAACGCUUUGCAGGAAGUAGAACUUAAAGAUCCGGCAAAUAUUAUCAACAGGUUAGAAAACAGAGUCAUGGAUAGGGGUUCCAACUACAGCGUGGGACAGAAGCAGCUCAUCUGCUUGGCUAGAGCCAUAAUUAGGAACAACAAAAUUCUUAUGUUGGAUGAAGCUACUGCUAACGUUGAUCCACAGACUGACGCACUUAUUCAAAAAACCAUAAGAACCAAAUUUGCAAACUGCACAGUUCUAACUGUGGCACAUAGAUUGAACACCAUUAUGGACUCGGAUAAAGUAUUGGUCAUGGACCAAGGAAAGGUAGCAGAAUUCGAUCAUCCGCAUAUUCUUCUUCAAAAUAAAAACGGAAUGUUUAGUAAAAUGGUUGAGGAUACCGGAAAGAGUACUAGCGAUCAAUUAAGAAUAGUGGCUAAGGAUGCUUAUCAAAAAAAUGUAGUGCUCCCGGAGUAA